UGCCACUCUGCGAUCAGCUGUCACUGCUAAAACAGCAAAAUUAUUCCCAAUUGGCCACGAAAAACUAUUAAUCCAGAAAAAUGACGCUACUCGUUAACCCUCGACGACCGGAGAAAGUCCAUCGCUACAAACCAAUAGAUUCCGCCAAUCAGGGUGCUGGAGUAGGGGACGAUCUGAUGCCAGAUUACAUGAAUAUCCUCGGCAUGAUAUUCUCCAUGUGUGGAUUGAUGAUGAAGUUGAAAUGGUGCGCUUGGCUGGCGUUAUUCUGUUCCUGCAUUAGUUUCGCUAACUCACGGAUCUCAGACGAUGCGAAGCAGGUUUUGUCCUCUUUCAUGCUCAGCGUAAGUGCCGUAGUAAUGUCGUACCUCCAGAACCCUACGCCAAUGACGCCUCCCUGGCAGUCGGUGUAGUAACCCCACGUGGACGGAACGUAAUCGCAUGUCCAAAAGCACAUAAAGCACACACACCGUAUUUGUUAAGCAACCAAUUUUGAUAAGAAGAAAUACAUCUGACCAGAGGCAGCACGAU